AUGUUCAAGCCCUUCAAGCCACCGCUCCUCAGAAAGGUUGAAAAACCUGCUCCGAUUGACUUAACAGAAUCGGAUUUGGAUCCCGAAGAACAGCAUCGGCCGUCCAAGAAACGCCGGUUGUUGGUUCGCUAUGUCGAAGAUAGUCCACCAAGGACGCUUCCCGUUGCGUCUGCAGCCGUUAAUGCUCCAAGAAAGCCAUUGUUGGUUACUAAAAAGGACACCGACUUGAAUGAGUCUGCGCCUGUAGUCCCUGAAGGCCCCGAGGGCUACUAUUUGGUCUUAUGGCGCAAAUUUACGAUGAAAAAGCAUAAGACCUGGGAUGGCGAUGGUGUUCUUUCGGUUCACGGAGGAUAUGCACGUCUUCAAGAUAUAUCAGGUCGAGACAUGGGAAGGUGCAUGUUCAAGGACCCUCUAUUACCAGGGAGCACCCUAAGCAUCGGCGGCAAAGAAAUCGAGGUUGAUUCGGUCAUAACGAAGGCAGAUUUUCUCGCUGGGCGACCCUUCCUCAAGUCCGGAGUCAAACGAACCUCAAGCUCUGAAAAUGAGUGCCGUCCAGCACCCCAGGCCCCUUCAACAAAAGUCAUGGUAGCUCCGCUCAAAGGUACGGAGCUGAAAAUUGGUCAGAAAAAGGGAAAAGAGGAUGGCGAAUCAGUAAUGGAGAUUCCCGCAAAAAGUUUCUACUCUGCAACACGCAAGAGUCAAGCUGUGAAAGCCCAAUUCAAGAACCCUCUUCUCUCGACUACAGUCAUGGCACAAGACAAAUCCGGGAAACCAACGCCCCGACACGACCCAGAUGCUCCUGGUGCUUUGGUUAUGAAGCGACCAAAGUACUGCCCAAAAGGAAAGCAGAUUGUGGACGUUGUUUUAGAUCCAUUCUUAGGGAAGCAUCUAAUGGAACAUCAGCGCGAAGGUGUCAAAUUCCUUUAUGAAUGCGUUAUGGGCAUGCGUGAUUUCAAUGGACAAGGUGCUCUCUUGGCAGAUGAAAUGGGUUUAGGCAAAACAUUGCAGACGAUUUCUUUGCUGUGGACACUGCUAAAACAGAAUCCCAUAUAUGGAACAGAAGGUAUAAUAAAAAAGGCCUUGAUCGUUUGCCCUGUGACUCUGAUCGCCAAUUGGAAGCAGGAAUUCAACAAAUGGCUAGGAAGCGAGAGAAUCGGAGUAUUUGUGGCGGAUGGCCAGAAAAACACCAGGCUCACAGACUUCACCCAUGGAAAAAGCUACAGCGUAAUGAUCAUCGGGUACGAGAAGUUGAGAUCUGUGCAAGAUGAGUUGAAGAAAGGAGAUGGGAUCGAUAUCGUCAUUGCUGAUGAAGGCCAUCGACUCAAGACAGCUCAAAACAAAUCUGCCCAAGCCAUUCGUGCCCUCAACACCGAUAGAAGGAUCAUCUUGUCUGGAACGCCUCUGCAGAAUGACCUUUCAGAAUUCUAUGUUAUGGUCGACUUUAUCAAUCCUGGCCUUCUUGGAACGUACAACACUUUCAAGAAAGAAUUUGAAGGUCCUAUUCUAAAAAGCAGACAGCCUGGCGCAUCUAAAAGGGACACCGAGAAGGGUGCCGCGAGAGAAGAGGAACUAUCGUCAUUGACGAAGCAGUUUAUCUUACGGCGCAAGGCUGAAGUUAUGGCCAAAUAUCUGCCACCAAAGACCGAAUAUGUGCUUUUCUGCAAGCCUACUCAAGCUCAAGUUCAGGUUUAUCAACAUGUUCUCGAGUCUCCAGUAUUUGGCAGUGUUUUAGGCAACUCAGAGGCCUCCCUGCAGCUCAUUACCAUACUCAAAAAGGUAUGCAAUGCCCCCAGUCUAUUGGCAAAUAGGAAUCAGGAAACACCCAGCAAUUCCAAUGUUGCUCAACUACUGGAGAUCAUACCGAAAGAGCUUCUCCAGAAGAGCCCAGUGAUUGCUAGUAGCAAGUUCAGAGUGCUAGAUCGAUUAAUAAAGCACCUCUCUACGAAGACGAAAGAGAAGAUUGUUUUGGUCUCUAACUAUACUUCUACUCUCGAUCUUCUCGGUGUACAUCUGUCGUCUUUAUCUCUACCAUUCCUCCGACUUGACGGCAGUACCCCAGCGGCAAAGCGCCAAGAGUUUGUGAACACAUUCAAUCGCUCUCCGGCAUCCAAGAGCUUCGCAUUUCUGCUGUCAGCAAAAUCUGGGGGUACGGGCCUUAAUCUCAUCGGUGCCUCACGGCUCGUACUCUUCGACGUGGACUGGAAUCCAGCCACAGAUCUACAAGCUAUGGCGCGAAUUCAUCGACAUGGCCAGAAGAAACCUGUCAAAAUCUACAGAUUUUUAACAGCCGGAGGGAUGGAUGAGAAGAUCUAUCAACGCCAAGUGACUAAAAGGGGACUAGCCGAUAGUGUUGUUGACGGGGAGAAGAACGAAGCAAGUUUCUCAGCAGAAGAGCUUCGAGACUUGUUUCGACUCGAUUUGAAGGCCGGAUGCCAGACUCAUGAUCUCCUCGGUUGCGACUGCAAGGGUCUUGGUGCUGACCCUCCGCCACUUUCCAGAUUUGCGGAAUCUGGCGAUGAAAAUGCCGAUGAUGAGACUAGUGAGAGUGGGAAUAGUGACAAUAGCGAUGAUGAUUUAGAUCUUCCUCUCAACCCAGCUCUUCCCAUCGUACCAGCAACGAAGGCCAAUGUUGCUGCAAUAGAAGAGAGAAUUCGCGAGACACGGAGGAAACGAUCACAGAAAUCCAAGGGAAAGAUGCAAGCACUGAUGCAAUAUACUCACCUUGAUACAACAAUCUUCAUGAGAGAGACAGCAGAUGUGUUUGGGUACGAGCUCGCCGAGGUCAAAUCUGUGAGGGAGAAGCUCAACGAUGAGGUCCUUGUAGAUGUGUUGAAGGACGAGAGAUGUAAGGUCGGCUUUGUAUUUGCUAAGAACGGAUAA